AUGUUGUUUUUGUUUUCUUAUUUCCUUUUUGUCUUGUUUCUUUUUCUCUCAUUUCUCUCUCAUUUUUUUUUUCUUCUUCUCCGUUUUUUUUCUUCUUCUUCUCCCUGUUUUUUUUCUUCUUCUUCUUCGUUUUUUUUUUUCUUCUUCUUCUCCCUGUUUUUUCUUCUUCUCCGUUUUUUUUUCUUCUUCUCCCUGUUUUUUUUUUCUUCUUCUCCGUUUUUUUUUCUUCUUCUUCUCCUGUUUUUUUUUUUCUUCUUCUUCUCCUGUUUUUUUCUUCUUCUUCUCCCUGUUUUUUUCUUCUUCUUCUUUUUUUUUUUCUUCUUCUUCUCUUUUUUUUUUUCUUCUUUCCGUUUUUCUUCUUCUUCUCCCUUUUUUUCUUCUUCCUCUCCCUUUUUUUUUCUUCUUCUCCGUUUUUUUUUCUUUCUUCUCCGUUUUUUUCUUCUUCUUCCUCCGUUUUUUUUUUUUCUUUUCUCCCGUUUUUUUCUUCUCCCUUUUUUCUUCUCCCUGUUUUUUUUCUUCUUCUCCUGUUUUUUUUCUUCUCCCUGUUUUUUUUUCUCCUGUUUUUUUUCUUUGUCCCUGUUUUUUUUUUCUUCUCCCUGUUUUUUUUCUUCUCCCUGUUUUUUUUCUUCUUCUUGUCCCUGUUUUUUUUCUUCUUCUUGUCCCUGUUUUUUUUCUUCUUCUUGUCCCUGUUUUUUUUCUUCUUCUUGUCCCUGUUUUUUUUCUUCUUCUUGUCCCUGUUUUUUUUCUUCUUCUUGUCCCUGUUUUUUUUCUUCUUCUUCUUGUCCCUGUUUUUUUUCUUCUUCUUCUUGUCCCUGUUUUUUUUCUUCUUCUUCUUGUCCCUGUUUUUUUCUUCUUCUUCUUGUUUUUUUUUUUUCUUCUUCUUCCUGUUUUUUUUCUUCUUCUUCUUCUCCCUGUUUUUUCUUCUUCUUCUCCCUGUUUUUUUUCUUCUUCUUCUCCGUUUUUUUUCUUCUUCUUCUCCGUUUUUUUCUUCUUCUUCUCCGUUUUUUUCUUCUUCUUCUCCGUUUUUUUAUUCUUCUUCUCUCCGUUUUUUUCUUCUUCUUCUUCUCCGUUUUUUUUUCUUCUUCUUCUUCUCCGUUUUUUUUCUUCUUCUUCUUCUCCGUUUUUUUUCUUCUUCUUCUUCUCCGUUUUUUUUCUUCUUCUUCUUCUCCGUUUUUUUUCUUUCUUCUUCUUCUUCUCUCUGUUUUUUCUUUCUUCUUCUUCUUCUCUCUGUUUUUUCUUUCUUCUUCUUCUUCUCUCUGUUUUUUCUUUCUUCUUCUUCUUCUCUCUGUUUUUUCUUUCUUCUUCUUCGUCUCUCUGUUUUUUCUUUCUCCUUCUUCUUCGUCUCUCUGUUUUUUCUUUCUCCUUCUUCUUCGUCUCUCUGUUUUUUCUUUCUCCUUCUUCUUCGUCUCUCUGUUUUUUCUUUCUCCUUCUUCUUCGUCUCUCUGUUUUUCUUUCUCCUUCUUCUUCGUCUCUCUUUUUUUCUUUCUCCUUCUUCUUCGUCUCUCUGUUUUUUCUUUCUCCUUCUUCUUCGUCUCUCUGUUUUUUCUUUCUCCUUCUUCUUCGUCUCUCUGUUUUUUCUUUCUCCUUCUUCUUCGUCUCUCUGUUUUUUCUUUCUCCUUCUUCUUCGUCUCUCUGUUUUUUCUUUCUCCUUCUUCUUCGUCUCUCUGUUUUUUCUUUCUCCUUCUCGUCUCUCUUUGUGUGUGA